AUGAAAACCUUGGCAAGAAUUUUCCUGGGACUUUUUGUCUUUGAUGCUGCCUUGGCUGCUCCUACUCUCGAGUCCAUAAACUAUGACUCUGAAACCUAUGAUGCGGCAUUGGAAGACCUGGAUAAUUUCUACAACUAUGAAAACUUACGUAUUGAUCGUCCUGAGAUUGAAAUCGUGACUGUCAUGCCUUCUGGAAGCAGAGAGCUUCCCAGCCCACCACCGCUGCCCCAGGAGCCAGAGGAUGAAGAAUCCACAGCUAAAAUGAUUGAUGGCUCCUCCCCACAUGGGCCAGAUUUCAUCGGUGUCCUUGGUCCUCAAACCAAUGAAGACUUUCCCACCUGUCUCCUGUGCACGUGUAUGAGCACCACAGUCUACUGUGAUGACCACGAACUUGAUGCUGUCCCUCCUCUGCCCAAGAACACAGCCUAUUUCUAUUCCCGAUUUAAUAGAAUAAAAAAGAUCAACAAAAAUGACUUUGCACAUCUACGUGACUUAAAAAGGAUUGAUUUGACAUCAAAUUUAAUAUCUGAGAUUGAUGAAGAUGCUUUCAGAGAAUUGCCUCAACUUCGGGAACUUGUCCUUCGUGACAAUCGAAUCAGACAGCUUCCAGAGUUACCAUCCACACUGACCUUCAUUGACAUCAGCAACAAUAGGCUGGGCAGAAAAGGGAUAAAACAAGAAGCAUUUAAAGAUAUGUAUGAUCUCCAUCAUCUUUACAUUACGGACAAUAACUUGGAUCACAUCCCACUACCAUUGCCUGCAAACCUCCGAGCCCUCCAUCUCCAGAACAACAACAUUCUAGAGAUGCACGAAGAUACUUUCUGCAAUAUGAAAAACUUGACCUACAUACGUAAGGCUUUGGAGGACAUUCGGCUGGAUGGGAACCCCAUCAAUUUGAGUAAAACUCCUCAGGCAUACAUGUGUCUACCUCGUCUGCCAAUUGGUAGCCUUGUCUAA